UUUGCUGGAUUGAAACAACCCAAAUUAGAAUUUAGCAUGGCAGAUUUAAUUGAUAAACAAAUCCUUGCCGAACCUUAUGAUGGAAUUAUGGGGCUUGGUUUUGCCAAACUUAGCAAAGCGGAAUCAAAAAAUCCAGUUCUUGCUGCCAUUGAUAAUAAUUUGUUGGCACAGAAAAUGUUUACCUUGUAUUUGAAAGGCGGGUAUCCCAGUAAUUCAAAAAAUAUGCAAGGAGGUCAAGCUACUUUUGGUGGUUUUGACACAAAAAAUUGUGGGCAGAGAUUGGGUUCCGUUAAAUUUACUGGAGGGGGACGUUAUCAAUUCCAAAUUGAUAGCGUUAGUAUUCAAGGAAAAGCAGCCAGCGGAGGAACUCAAGGCAAGUUUCAACUUUAA